CAUUUGUCGAGCCUUUUCCCAUAAUUCCAGCAGCAGCGCUGUGCCGCAGACACUCCGGAAGUGAGGCGUUUAUUGACAAUAUGGCGACCGGGCCAGCUGAGAGGGGACUGGACGUUUUUGGGUUUUGCCAGUGACCGCAGAUGUGGAUGAUCAAAGCAAAAGCUGUGCGCGACAGAGUGUUAUGAAUGAAGGGACUCGGGAGCUGUCGGGAUGUUGUCUCUGAGCUGAGCCAGUCUUCACAGCGUCAGAUUCAUCAUGUCGUUCUUCAGGCGGAAAGCUAAAGGAAAGGAACCUGAGAGACCAGCAGAUGCCAAAGCCAGCAAAGCCCAAGUGUCGCCCCACUCCCCCUCUCUUAGCGGCCGUAACCAUCAUGCUAUCCUGGAGGCAGCGGGACCCAGCCAUGUGGCCAUCAAUGCUAUCUCAGCCAACAUGGACUCCUUUGCCCGUGGCCGGACUGCUAUCCUCAAAAAACAGCCGAGCCACAUGGAGGCAGCACACUUUGGAGACUUAGGUCGCUCCAGUGUCAACUACCAGGUUCAAGAGACUCGGUCUCGGCUUUCUAAAACCGUAGACCAGAUCUUGCGGGAUAAUGUGGCCAUGCCCUACUUCAUACAGUCUAUGGAGACCCGCUCAGCUGAGCACCUGGUCCGCUUCUGGCUUGAAGCUGAGAGCUUUCGAUCCACCAGCUGGUCUAGGGUCAGAGCGCACAGCCUCAACUCAGUCAAACACAGCACCUUGGCUGAGCCUGCGACUGCCCUGGAAUCCCCCGACUCACCAGACUCCCCAGACGACCCCAGCAGACCCUCAACUCUGGAUGAGAGGGAUGAAGAGGACACUUUCUCCUCCCGGACUUCCUCCAGACCUCACACCCCCAGCCCCCAAGACACUAACUUUCAUACCGGGGCUCUGAUUGGUCACCGGAACUCUGUUAGCUCAGAGGGGGCCACCCGUCCUGGGACUCCCCACCUGCAGCCCAGCCUAAGAUCAGAGACACCCACCAGACAGCCCUCCUCCAAGACAGGCACUCCAGUUAAAGGCCAGUCUACUAGUGGCCUCUCUGACAAACUUAUGAAAAGUAUAGAGAGAGAUGCGGUUAACAUUUUCACUAAGUACAUAUCUCCAGAUGCUGCUAGGCCGAUUCCCAUCACUGAACAGAUACGCAACGACAUUGUGGCGAAAAUCUGUGGGGAAGACGGACAAGUGGACCCAAACUGCUUUGUCAUUGCACAAUCUGUUGUGUUCUCCAUCAUCGAACAACAGCACUUUAGUGAGUUCUUGCGGAGCCAUUAUUUCUGUAAGUACCAGAUUGAGGUGCUGACCAGUGGUUCUGUGUUCCUGGCGGACAUCCUGUUUUGCGAGUCAGCCCUCUUCUACUUCUCUGAGUACAUGGAGAAGGAGGAUGCAAUGAAUGUGCUGCAGUUCUGGCUGGCUGCAGAAAACUUUCAAGAUCAGUUGGCUGCCAAGAAAGGCCAGUAUGAUGGACAGGAAGCCCAGAAUGAUGCCAUGAUUCUCUAUGACAAGUAUUUUUCACUCCAAGCCACAAAUCCAUUGGGUUUUGGUGACUCUGUACGGAUGGAGAUUGAAUCCAAUAUCUGUCGAGAAGGCGGACCUCUCCCAAACUGCUUCAACACUCCACUAAGACAGGCCUGGACCACCAUGGAAAAGGUUUACAUGCCAGGCUUUCUGUCAAGCAACCUUUACUAUAAGUAUUUGAGCGACCUUAUCAACUCCGUACGGGUGGAUGAGUUUACUGGAGGAAAUGCCAACACUCCGAGCCAGGGCUGGACCCAUGAGGUCGACCGCAACUCAAGCGUCACGGAAGGGUCACAAGCCCAGUUGCAGCAAGGUACUAAAAAAGCGGCUGUCAAGAUCCUGAAGAACUUCGAUGAGGCGAUAACGGUGGACAUCGCCAGUCUGGACCCUGAGUCUCUCUACCAGAGACCAUAUGCUGGAAGAAUGACCUUUGGGAAGGUGAAUGAGCUGGGCCAGUUCAUCAGAGAGGCUGAGCCAGAGCCAGAUGUGAAGAAAUCCAAGGGUUCCAUGUUUUCUCAAGCAAUGAAGAAAUGGGUGCAAGGAAACUCAGAUGAGGCACAAGAAGAGAUGGCAUGGAAGAUUGCAAAAAUGAUCGUCAAUGAUGUCAUGCAGCAGGGACACCAGGGAAGCCCUGAAGUGAAGGCAACAAAACUAUGACCCUCUCGUUAAGUGUGGAAGCAGCUCCUACCCUCCCUCCUGUCGCCCUCUGCAUAAUGACUGGAGAAGCAAACGACCUGAAGAUGAACUCAGAGCUGAACUGCAUUAACAUAUCAGUGAGGACCUUGAAAGAGGCAUUCCAUGACUUCCUGCAUGUGUUUGUGUGUGAGAGCGUGAGUGUUUAGAUAUGCACACUACUAGCCAAAAUAUGUUUUCCGCCCCAUCCACCCCAUCAUUUCUAGCGCUCAGAAGGAAUUCUGUUUAUUAUUUGAAGAGGAGCGAAAAGAGUUUAAAUACAGACAUGAAUAAACCCGUAAACAAAACAAGCGGGAUCUAUUGCACAGCAUACGAACAGAACAAAAUUUCAGAACAAAACUGAAAGAACACAGAAAAAUUUCAGAAAGUACCUGCUGUUGCGUUUAGUUGUUACCAUGUCGGCCAACAGGAAGUGCACAAGGAAUCUGAACGGGAACUACAAAGUGGCUGUGACUUAAAUAUUUCCUUCCUCAUCUUAAUUCUUAUCUCACACUUCUUUUAUCUUUCUUUUUCAUUCACUUUUUUUAAAGAGUGGCUAUGAAGUGCUUAGGCCCUUUUUUAGUACAAAUAAACAGAUAAACAGAAAUGCAUAAAUACCCAAGGUGGCUAUGUACAGUUUUAUUUACAGAUUAUUGGUAUGCCAUAGUGGAUGAAAGUCAGCCAGUGUCAGAGACUGUUCUGUCCCUCUCUCAUGGAGCUGAAGUGACUGAUGUUACAGUUCAAACUGGAAUGGGAACUAAUGAACUUGGGCCUGGAAAAUGUUCCCUGACUGCAGAACUCCCUCUAGAACCCUGUCCAGAUCUGAUUCUAGACUGUAGAGAUAUAAAAACUGAACUGCUAGGGCAAUGUUUAUCCCCGUUCUGUAUAAAUGUGGAUUCCUGGUUUACCGCCAUAUAUUAAUGUUAGUUCUUUUUAUGGUGAUUGUCUUUUUUUUUUUUUUUUUUUUGUAUGAUAUGUCAAACUCUGUCUAAGCAAAUCUCAAUGAUGACUGUUCCUUUUGAAACGUGUACUUGGACAUGAAGUUAUUGCUUUGGACCUCAUUGAGAUGUGGACGAGAAACAGGAAAAAGACUUUUGGUACUAUGUACCACUAAUAUGUUUUCUGACAUAUAUGUGUACUUAAUCUAUAAUAUAUUUAAAUGUGUUUGAUUUAAAUACAUAUAUUGUUGAAACGUCUCUUGAUGCAGUCUUUGUGUUUUGUUUUUGUUCAUGGGUCCGAUUGAACAAAGAGUUUUACAGUUACCCGUGUAGGCAGAAUAUUAUUGAUUUGCACUUUGAAAUUGGAUUUGUGCUAAUGUAUUGAGCAUAACUCAAAUAAAAUGAAUUCCAACAAAAUAAGAAUCCUAU